UACUCCUACCGUCAAAUUGUGAAUGUUACCUUUCUCCCUUUCUACUUUACUCGUUUUAAGUUAAUUUGAUUCGAAUCAUAAUCCCGGUAGAGUAUGAAUUCUCAAUAGAGAUAUAAUAAGUCUCAUUUAUUUAUAUCUAAUGAUUGGCUUUGUCUGUUUAUUUGUUUGAUUUCCUACUGCCCACAUACAUACAUAUUUACCUACUUACAUAUUGUCUUUUGUCUAUUAUCUAUUAUUACAAUCCAUUCUCCUCCCCCUUUCAAUCUUGCUUGCAUCUCUACACCUCUCUCUCUCUCUCAGUCUCUGCAUCUGCAUCUAUCUGCAUCCGCAUCGGAAGCAGAAAAAGAAAGAGAAAAAAAAGAAGAGAAUCUUCAGCCCUGCUAUUGCUACUCAUUCAGAUCUUUCCCCUGUUCGCUGACGGAACAUACACUGCCCAGCGCGCCUCGCCUUUUCCAGAGCACAACACCACUUAAUCCAUCAAUCAGCAAACCUCACUAUCACUAUUGCACAUUAGUGUACCCGCCUAUCACGACCUUGUGCAUCGCAUCUUCCGACCGAUUCUCCCCUCCCGUCUGUUCCUAAACACACCAAACCCAACCUCCAUGCAAUUCUGCCCCACGUUGGAACAUCGACGUAUUCAAUUAAUUACCAGGAACCUACUGGUAGCUAAGAAUAUCUUCCUCUACCGGCUAUAAAGAUAUCUGCCGGUCCGCCUUCAAAACUCAAUCAAUCAAUCGAUCUCGUCUCUCGACAUCAUAUCACUUCGAUCCGGUUCAUUCUGGUCGCGCUUCCGCAAGCUAUCACCCUACCCCUCGUCACGGCUUUGUGCCGACAAAAAGCAAUUAAUAAUCAACAAUCUUGCGUGGCUCACAACAUUCCAUCACGUCGACGUCCAUAAUCAAUAUGUCUGGGUAUCCGGGAUACAAUAAUGGAGGCUAUGGAGCACCAAACCAGCAGUACCCGCCCCAACCCUACUACCCCCCUCAACCAACAUAUGGAGCUCCUCCUCCCCAAGGCGGAGGCUACGGAUAUCACCAACCUCCGCCUCCACAACAGCCUUAUGGAUAUUCUCAACCCCCUCCUCAGCAAUACGGCGGAUACAAUGGUGUGCCAUCUAACGCGCCACAAUAUGGCAGCCCAGGAAUGCCCUCGGUCAGCUCAAACGCAUAUACAAAUGGCAAUCAGAAUGCUCCACCACCACCACCACAGGGAAUGCAUUCAUUUGGACAAGGUGCCCCUCAAGGAUAUGCCUUUCAAUAUUCCAACUGCACAGGAAAACGCAAAGCACUCCUAAUAGGUAUCAAUUAUUUCGGUCAGCGUGGUCAAUUGCGUGGAUGUAUCAACGACGUCAAGAAUAUGUCAUCAUAUUUGCAUGAAAACUUUGGGUAUCAGCGGGACGAUAUGGUUCUUCUUACGGACGAUCAACAAAAUCCAAUGAGUCAGCCUACCAAGCAAAAUAUAUUACGAGCCAUGCAUUGGUUGGUAAAGGAUGCUCGACCCAAUGAUUCGUUAUUCUUCCAUUAUUCUGGACAUGGUGGCCAAACCAAGGAUUUGGAUGGGGAUGAAGAAGAUGGUUACGAUGAAGUUAUUUACCCAGUCGAUUUCAGACAAGUUGGUCACAUUGUCGACGACGAGAUGCAUAGAAUCAUGGUCCAGCCUCUGCAACCUGGUGUUCGAUUGACAGCAAUUUUUGACUCGUGUCAUUCCGGAACUGCCCUCGACUUGCCAUAUGUUUACUCCACUCAAGGAGUUCUCAAAGAACCAAAUCUUGCGAAAGAAGCGGGCCAAGGUCUUCUUGGUGUUAUUUCUUCUUACAGUCAAGGUGAUAUGAGUGGUGUUGCAAGCAAUUUGAUGGGAUUCUUCAAGAAAGCAACGACUGGAGAUGAUGCUUAUAACAAGACAUUGGCUACCAAAACAUCGCCCGCUGAUGUGAUUAUGUGGUCUGGAAGCAAGGAUGAUCAAACAUCAGCCGAUGCUACCAUCGCUGCACAAGCAACUGGUGCCAUGUCAUGGGCUUUCAUUAGCGCCAUGAAGAAAAAUCCACAACAGAGUUACGUUCAACUUUUGAACAGUAUUAGAGACGAACUCGCUACUAAGUACACCCAGAAACCGCAACUCAGUUGUAGUCAUCCGUUGAACACCAAUCUUCUCUUUGUCAUGUAAAAAGUCGCACAAAUGUAUUAAAGGAUUUAUGAUGCAAGGGACAACAUUUUAAGGCAUGCAUGUGGACGGGAAUUGGGAAGGCAUGCAGCUAUGAGGUCUAUGAAGAACGAUUUGCUCGAUGGGAACGAACAAUGACGGGCUGCGGGUUUAUGAUUUUUUUUUUUUUUUUUUUUUUU